AUGCAAAGGAGAAAUAGUUAUUCUAGGAGUAUAUAUGCUCCAACAACAGCAUCUCGAAUCGCUGAUGCAAAAAACAAGCGUGAAACUCGGCUGCUUGUGCAAACCAGCAGAGGAUUGUCGUGCGAAAAAGACUGGACACUGAAAAACUUUUUCAGAGAGAAGGCCAAAACUAAUGCCUUUUUGAAAAAGAUCCACCGAAGUAGCCCUGGAAUGCUGCAUUUUCAGCGUAGGAAAAAUGGAAGGCUUGCUCUAGACUGGAGGAAUGGUUUCGUAGCUGGAAAUGACACAAAAAUUCCAGUGAAAACUCAUGGUGGAAGACAACAUAGUCGGGUCCUUAAUCACAGAGAAGAAAUGCAAGAACCAAUACAAGAGUCUUUAGUGCGAGAUUUCCCAAGCAGGGCGUCCAAAAAUUUAGAAGAUAGCUCUGAGUUGAAUGGACAGAAUUUCGAAGAUGGAUUUGAAAAAGAAAAUUUAAGUUCCGACGUACAACCAUUUCAAGCAACCACUUUAAGACACUCUGAAGACGAAAGUGCUAAAGACGUGGAGAAAACGAAUGUUUCUGUUAAAAAUCCUUUUAAAGUUCGCUCAAGAACAUCAGGGAUAUGCUUUUGUCAUUGUCAGGAACUAAAUUUACCCCCCAUAAACCUGCCAAAAAAUGGAAGAAGAUUUUCAGAAACUGGAUUUGGUCUGAAGUUUCCAUGCAACUUUGAAAGAAACUCGAACCGAAAGCUCAGCAUGCCUCUUAUUGCAAGGCAUGGUAGGCUGUUGUGA